CUUACAAUCUAAAGACAAAUUAUGGUCCAUAAUAAUAGUAGCAACAGCAACAAUACGAAGCAUUCAACAACAUCUUCUUUGAAACAAAAUAAAAUCAUGCAACUAAAACAUCUUCGUCUUUUACAACUGCCUCAAAUUGUUGCAGCUACUGUCAUUUUUGUUUUACUAUUCACUUGCAUUUGUGUCAGUGGGCAAAUUGAUGGUUAUGAAGCUGGAGUGGAUUAUCCCAUUUAUGAUGCAGUACCCAAGGGUUUGUCGUUUAAUUGUCAAGGUCGUUUACCGGGCUAUUAUGCCGACACAGAGACCAGAUGUCAGGUGUGGCAUUGGUGUUUGCAUUCUGGCCACCAAUACUCCUUCCUGUGUCCCAAUGGCACUGUAUUCAAUCAAGCAGUACGUGUCUGUGACUGGUGGUCCAAUGUGAACUGUCCGGCUGCUGAACAAUUAUAUGAAAACAAUGAUGAACUGUAUCGAACCACAGAGACCAAUCAGUUUGGCAAUGAAGACAACAGUAUUUUAAAACAGCAGCAACAACAACUACAACAGCUACCCAAACGACAAAGACAAGGAAAUGUUAAAGCAAAAUUAAUACAACAACAACAGCAGCAGCAGCAGCAGUAUCAGCAACAACAAUUACAAUUAGAAUUAAUACCACCACUACCACCAGAGACUAGAGCCAGACAAAGAACAAUUUCAUCUUCUUCUUUAACAACUACAGCAAGAACCACUACAACAGCAAUAAUUACUCGUAAUAAUACCAAAAAUAGUUUUAGAGGCCACACUAAAUACUCACAACAACAACAGCAACAACAGCUACAACAACACCAACCACUUUUAACCCAAAGCAGCAGCCUUAACAGCAUCAACAACAAUAAUAUCAAUAGUUUUAAUAGUAAAAAUAAAAAACAACAACAACUAACCAAACACCAACAACAACAGCAGCAGCAGCAACAACAACAAAAUCAACAGCAGCGACGAACACAGCAGCAAUAUCAAUACCAACAACCCAGUGUUACAGCAGCAACAAAUAAUAAAAACAAAAACACGGGUAAUCCGCAAAGAAACCAACAAAAACAAAAUCAUAACAAUAGCAACAAAAACAACAACAACAAUUUGAAGAAAUCCUCAAAUGCCAACAACAUCGACAAUGACGAAUUGAAAGACUACAAGAGCAAAAUCAAAAAUAAAUACAACAUCGAUUACGAUCAUUCUUUGGAUGCAGAAUAUGAAAUAAUCGAGGCCGUUGAAUGAGAGACAGGAAUGCGCGGAUACAUUGAAUUAGAGUCUUCAAUUAUUCGGU